AUGGCCGAACCAACAACAAUCCAGCCAGAUCCUGCACCGUCCACGCAGAAGCUUUCUUUACUUCAUGGUCCAUCUGAUCCUCCCCUCGUCGAUCUAACUCUCGGCGAGCUCCUCGAGCUCCAAACCUAUCAAUAUGGCACGAAAGAGUGCCUUGUUAUUCCAUGGACAGGCGCGCGAUGGACAUAUCACGAACUCAACCAGCAAAGUUCGGCUCUGGCCCAAUCUCUGCUCAACAUGGGCAUUGGCGUCGGCGAUCGUGUUGGCAUUAUGGCUGGCAAUUGCGAGCAAUAUGCCGCAGUCUUCUUUGCCGUCGCUAAGAUCGGUGCCAUCCUCGUCAUUUUGAACAACACUUACACGGCGACCGAAGCGAAAUACGGCCUCACAUUUUCCGACUGCAAGGUCUUUUUUGUGACGCGCACAAUUGGACGGACGGACAACACGGCGCUGCUGCGAGACUUGCACAAUGAGGCUUCUCCCAUCAAGGUUGUCAUGCUGAGAGGGGAGGGCGGCAACUACCCAACUUAUGAUGAGCUCGUCAAGGAGGGUUCUCGGCAAAGCCACGAGAGGCUGUAUAAGGCCAUGAGCAAGGUUCUUCCUCACCAGGUUGUCAAUCUGCAGUUUACCAGCGGCACAACGGGUUUGCCAAAGGCGGCAAUGCUAACGCAUCACAAUUUGGUCAAUAAUUCUCGAUUCAUUGGUGAUAGAAUGCGACUUACCCAUGUAGACGUUCUGUGCUGCCCGCCACCUCUCUUUCACUGCUUCGGCCUUGUCCUCGGACUUCUUGCCAUUGUUACUCACGGCGGCAAGAUUGUCUACCCAGCAGAGGUCUUUGACAUUCCUUCAACACUCAAGGCCAUUUCCGACGAAGAAUGCACUGCCAUUCACGGAGUCCCUGCCAUGUUUGACUCUUUAUUCCAAGCGGAGCCCCCGGCCAACUUUAAGUGCGACAAGCUCCGCACCGGCAUCAUUGCUGGCGCUCCCGUUCCACGAUAUCUUAUGGAGCUUCUGGUGAAUCGCUUUGGCAUGACUGAGUUUACUAGCAGCUACGGCCUCACGGAAGCUUCUCCUACAUGCUUCAAUGCCUUCACCGACGAUGCCAUUUCAAGGAGAUUGACGACGGUUGGGACGCUGAUGCCACACGCACAGGCCAAGAUUGUUGAUCGCGAUGGCAACAUUGUACCGAUUGGCACAAGAGGCGAGCUUUGUAUGGCUGGAUAUCAGCUACAGGCUGGAUAUUGGAACAAUUCGGAGAAGACUAAUGAGACCAUGGUUCGGGAUGCGGCGGGAGUGCUGUGGCUGCAUACGGGAGAUGAAGCGGUAUUUGAUGAAGAGGGCUACUGCUCCAUCACAGGAAGAUUUAAAGAUAUUAUUAUCAGAGGUGGUGAGAACAUAUAUCCCCUAGAAAUCGAAGAGCGUCUCAUGGCCCACCCUUCCAUUUCGCGCGCCAUCGUAGUCGGCCUCAAGAACAAACACUAUGGGGAGGUUGUUGGAGCAUUUGUUGAGCUGGGCGAUAACGGCAACAAACUUACCGACCAGCAAGUCAGAGAUUGGGUCCGCAAGACACUGGGCAACCACAAAGCACCGGCACAUAUUUUCUGGCUGGGCCAGGAUGGAGUGCCUGCGGAUGUGCCUCUUACAGGAAGCGGCAAGAUUCGCAAGUUUGAGAUGGCAAAGUUGGGAGAUGAGAUUUUGAGCAAGAUGGCCAAGACUUCGAAGCUGUAA